AUGCGCACUCGGUUACGGAUUGAACGUUCAACUCCAUGCACUGCGAAUAGUUUAUUGGCUAUAGCUUGUACAGGGGAAGAAGGUGCUACCGUAGCAGUUGUGGAUACACUGUGUCGGCGAGUCGUGCGUAAUUUCAACUCUGUUGGUCAAUCUGUGAAUGCGUUGACGUUUUCAAGUGAUGGACGAUGGCUGCUGACGGCCGAUGACAAGAAAUAUAUCAGGGUCUGGGAACUGUCGACUUCGCAACUCAUAGACGUAAUGCUUUUUGAUAAGCCGUGUAUUGGCAUGUCCUUCAACAGCACUGGUGAAUAUCUCGCUACUGUUCACAAGGGUGAAAGAGCGAUUUUUGUCUGGGUGAACAAAAAGAUGUAUGCAUCACAUGUGAACAUACGAGCUCUCCCACUGGAUUACAUACCGACGUGGGCAGACUCAUGUGUGGCGGAAAUUGGUGUCAAUACGUAUGUAAUUGACGACGAUAGUGAUGACGAAUGGGACGCCCCUGACCAGCUUAACCCAUCACUUGUGACAUAUUCUGGAUUGGCUCCAUCCCGAUGGGCGAAUCUACCCGACCUCGCACUAAUCAAAGAAAGAAACAAGCCUGAUCAACCCGCGAGAAAGACGAAACAGGCACCGUUCUUCCUGACAGCAGCUCCAACCCUUGAAGGAUUCGAGUUUCAAGUUCCGGAGGAUGAUGAGGAAGAAACGCGACGGACGUUACAAGCUAAGAGAAGCUUACUAGAACUUGAAAGUUCAUUCAGCUCUUCAUUGAGAGCAGCUGACACCAAUGAGGAACUUUUCGAGGUCUUCUCUAGUCUGAAAAAGAUGUCUGUUUCUGCGAUCGAUUUUCAGCUACGAACCUUACCAGCAGACUUAUUGCCCAAGUUUUUCAAAAUGCUUACAGAGGUGCUGAAGACCAGAAAAGACUUCGAAUUGGUGCAAGCCUAUAUGGCAACAGCAAUAAAAAUUCACAGGUCGUCAUUAUGGAAGAAAGAAGAUCAAAGCGAAGGUGUCGAUGAGUUAGUGAAGGUUUUAGAAGAGUUAUCUAUAGAAGAGGAACGGGUGUGGUCGGAUUAUGAUCAAACAAUGGUGCAAAAUGCAGCAGUUGCAACAGUGGGUGAAAAAUGCCCUUUUGUA